UCCAAAUGAGCCACGUUGAAAUUGACAUUUUUAUCAUUGUCAAUUGAAAACAUGUCACUGGCGAAUAAUUUAACCGUAGAUAAAUUAUCAGAAUCGAUCCAAAUCCUCGCAGAAUCGAAAUUCAUAUUCGCCACGCAAUGCAUUCAAAUGAACACGGACUGCCAACGAUUGAGUUAUACCGAAGAAGAGGUAGCGGAUGAAGAGAAACCGAAAGAAAAUGUUUUCGUCAUCACCGAAAACGUUUUCGAUCCCAAGCACGAGCACAAAGGACCACGGGCUAUCGAAUACCAUCCGUUCAUUAAAUCUGGCUGCGACAAGGAAACGUGCUACCAAAUUUGGAGGCUGAUGUGCUUCCCAUGUCUUUAUAUGCGAGAGACCGCCUGGAGAGUAUGCGAAAACUGCAACGAAAGCAAAAUUAGAACUCUAAAACUCAUGGAAGACAGGCAUACACUCGAUUGUUGUAGGUGUUUCUCAACAAUGUAAUGUAGCUUAUUCUGUAUAUUUGUUGUAUUUAGUGCUACGAGUUGUUUUUUUUUUUUUGUUAAGUGUCAAUAAAGAUAAAUU